AUGAUAAACUCUACAAUUUCACCGGCUAGUCAACCUGACCCUUUGUUUGCCGCCAUCCGGCAUUAUCAUUUUCUUUACGAGCUGGUUCUGGCUAGCAUCUCAUUCCUUCUGAAUGGAGUUGUUGUCUACCUCGCUUUGACAAUGAAGAGCAAAAACACGAGGAAUUACUGUCGUAUCCUGUUGAUGAGCGUCAUGGGGGACAUGAUUUACACGGCUCUCAACUUUGUCACCAUGAUGGUAAGCUCAAAAAAUUCUGUUUUUUUGCCUCUUCCAAUCAUCAGCGUUAAAACUCCCACUCUUUGUAGAUUGUUGAAAUCCGCGCCGGCAAGAUGUAUUUCAUCACCACCGGCCCCUACAUUCACAGCACCUACCCCAACAACAUGUUGAUGUGUGCCCUUUGGCUGACUGGCAUGUACGUCACAAUCAUGACAAUCAUGGUUCAAUUUGUCUAUCGAUACUAUGCAUUAUGCAAGAAUGGGCUCAGUGUCGCCAAAUUUGCAUUAUUGUACUGUUUGGGAAUGACUUGGUGCGUGGGCCAGGGAUUCGCGUCUUUUGUGUGUUUUGAGCCCGCAAACGAAGCGGACACGAUAAUCCUUCGAGGACAUCCGUUAUAGUCUUUCGACACACCGACGUUUGUCACGGGUGAUACGGUACGAAAGUCAUGCCGAAUUUUUAAAGAGUUUUUUGUAGAUUUUUACUACCAAUUCGUCUUGUAUUUAUCUUUGAUUUCAGGCCAAUUUGGGACCGAUUCUGCAUUUCUGCUGCAGUCAAAUAUCGAUUGUAGUUUUAUACGUUAUAAUCGUGACCACUGGAAGGAGAAUACAAAAGGUUUUGAAUUCCGACACACUCAAUAUGAGUACGAAUACGAAAGACGCCCAAAAGAAGUUGAAUAAAGUCAUGGCGUUGCAGGUAAGACGUUCGUUGCAAAAAAUGGUCAUUCUUUGCCAAAGCUUAAGAAAGUGUUGGUAAUUUCAACCUAUUCUAGGCGACCUAUCCAGGUCUAAUUGUGGGCCUUCCUGUUUUGCUGGCCACGAUUAUGGCUCAACUCAAAAUGGACGUAUCUUGGAGCGGGAUGUACAUUGCCCCAUCAAUCUCGGCAAUCCCGAUCAUCAACGCCAUCACCGUUCUUCUGGUUAUCCCAUCGUUCCGGAAGAGGAUUAUGGGCAGUGGCAAUGUCACAACCUCAGCUAUUUCGACCGUUCCAGAGACUUCGUCUAGAGCUGAUCACACCAUGAUGCAUUGA